AGUAAUUAACCGCUAGUUGGCGAGUUUCAAUGAAGUGAUUUGUCUGAAUUAAUUUACUCAAAUGUUUGCACGGGUGAUAUAAAUAUAUGCAAGGAAACAGUUACAAUAUCAAACAGUUAUAGCUUAACAAUAAUUCAUUCAAAACAAGCAAUCAAACAGUGUGCAUAUUAAAUUUUAAUUUUGUGGAACUAAGCGUAUUAGAAAUCUGGUCAUAAUGCAGAGAUUCACAAUUGAAUAUUUGACAGGGAAUACAGACAGCUCGUACCAGGACCCCACAGUAACGGCAGAUGCUCAGAUACAUGUAAGCAGUCAUGAUGGUCUACUGACACACAUUGGUUCCAACUUUCUGCACACCAGUCUCCACUUGGAAGAUGUUUACAGUGUCAUCAACAAGGACACAGAACACUCCUCCACAGAUAUCUCUACACAUAAACAAAUGACGUCACCACUUGUCAUAGACUCUAGCUACACAGAUGUCGGUACUGAAUCUUCACCACUUGUCAUUGACUCAAGCUUCGUCUCAACAACUUGUGAUGAAACGUCUCCGUCAGGAACUUCAUCCGGAAGUGACGUCUCCCCGUUACACUCACCUAAAGACAUCAACACCGGCAUGGUAUACAACUAUACUCUAGAAAGAGCAACACCAUCUCCUAAUAAAGACAGUGGGAUAGAAUCUGACAAUUCGCCAGUAUCCACUUAUACAAAUGAAGAUGUUAAAAAGAGUUUGAGGGAGCUUGAGAAAAAAGCAGACAAGAUAAAGACAUCAAAGAAGACAACCUCGAGUGACAAGCCGUCACAUUCUUAUAUUGCUCUCAUUGCGAUGGCGAUUCUAGACUCACGUGAUAUGAAAAUGACGUUAGGCGACAUCUAUCGGCACAUCAUGGAUAAUCACCCUUACUAUAAUAACGAGGAGAAAGCAUGGAGAAACAGUAUUAGAUAUAACCUUAGUAUCAACGAAUGCUUCAUUAAAGUAGGAAAAGAUGAACUAGCUGGUAAGGGUAACCUGUGGGGAAUUCAUUCAGCGUGUAUCGAAGAUUUUAAAAGCGGGGACUUCAGGCGUCGUCAAGCCCGCAGGAGAGCAAAGAAAACAAUUCGAGGCAUCAGCUCCGAGGAUUCUACAGCAGACUAUACAGCAAGAAAGAUAUCGUAUCAGAAAAUGACGCCAUCGUAUGUUAAUUAUCAUCCGUACACAACUGGACUAGUCCGUCAGCAGCAAAUGGCAGAUUACGCGCAUGCGUACAAUGGACACUACCAAAUGCCGUCUGCUUCGUAUUACAAUACACUUGGACAUUACCAAACAACGCAACAUACACCAAUGGGAAUGACAAGCUAUCCCCAACCCACAUAUGAUUACACUCAACAAUAUAACACUGCUGCCUACCCAAGUUAUGAAGUAACCAGUCAGUUACAAAGUGACAAUGGUGAGAAAGAACGCCAGGAUUUGGGACUCAAAUAUUACAGUUAUUCUACGACAGAUACCGAGACGGGCGUGCCAUCUAACAAUAAAAUUGAAAUUUUGUAGAACAUUUUGUAGAAUUGUAUAUAAAUGUGCUACGAGAAAUAUUUAUGUGCUAUAUGUAAUUAAUAACGAUGUACAGUGGUGUAUAUAUAGAAGAAACCUAGGGGAAAAACUGGAAUCAUUUUAACAAACAUAUUUUAGUAAGUUUUUAAGAUUUCUUUUAGAGAUUUUUAGAAGAUCAUUUUGCUUAUCAUAAAGCAAAUUAUUAUUUUUAUUUUUACUCCUUUUUUAAGAAAGAAAACGAUAGAAAUGGUUGAGUACAUACGGUUGUCUUAUGUUACAUUAUUUUAAGAAAAGCAAAUUGUUGAAUAAAUGAUGCUUAUGUAUAUAUA